AUGGGAGGAAAGUCAUCAAAGACAGAGGACCCAGACAACGAAGACCCAAAAAAGCCUGAUGAUAAUAAAGACAAAAAAUCUGACUCUAAGUCAAAAUACAUGGACCCAGACUAUAAAGGUGAGCCACUUUCUGAUGAUCUUUCAAAUGGACCUGUUGAAAAACGCAGAUGCACAGAUUGCUUAUGCUGCCUUGUUUUUCUCGCUUUUGCGGUUACCUGAUUUGUAGUAGGAAUUACAGGAUUUUCUGAAGGAAAUCCCUACCUUUUAACUUACCCUUACGACUCUGAUGGAAACCAAUGUGGUCGUCCUGGUGAAAAUGCUGAGCACUACGAUUAUCUUUAUUUCCCAUUCCCAAUUUCUGGGUACCUCGACUACCGAGUCUGUGUAAAACACUGCCCUAAGCACUACAACUCCACAGUGGACUGCUACAAAAUCGAAAAAUUCCAUUACACCUGUACAUUUCUGUUUGAAAAUAUUUCUGAUGCUCCUGAUCCUACUUAUGGGUAUAUUAAAGGAAUAUACCCAAGUGAUGGGUACCUAGAUAGAUUUUGUUUGCCAGAUUCUGAUGCAGAAGUUGGAUGGGUAAAGUAUGGUUAUGACGAAGUGAGUGAUAAAAUUGAUGUGACUGUUUUAACAAAAUGGAUAGGCGAUGUGUGGAAUUGCUGGGAAGUCAUGUUUAUAGUAGCUGCUAUAGCAUUUGUCAUUGGAGGAGUUUAUAUGUUUGUUUUAAGGUAUUGUUUAGGAGUUCAUUAUUUCUUCUAAAUUCUUAUUUUAUUUUUUGUUUUUGAUAAAAAAAAAUUAUUUUUGAUAGGAGUUUUAGUGUGGAUUUCUAUUAUUGUCUUUUGAAUAUUCCUUAUACUUUGUAGAAAUAAAAUGGUGACUUUAACGGAAAUUGGUCUCAGAGGAACACUGCUUAUGAAGCAGGUUGGACCCAUCUUGAUGAAGCUAAAAGCAGGCAUCUUUCCCUUUUUGAAGUAUGCCUUUUGGAUUGGGAUGCCUUGCUGAAGAGGGAAGUUUUGUUUCUACCCGAAGUUUUUCCUGUCCCUGUCAGAUGAAUUAGACAGGCUUUGCUUCUCACAUAAUCUUCCUCUAUCGGGACUAUUGGGGUUUUCUGCAGUGUGCUGCUCUAACCUACGGAGCUGAUCCUUUGCUAGGUGAGUUUCAUCAGAAAAUUUAAGAGGGCGGAAUUUUGGCUGGGCCUUCACCAUUCCCUAAUGUAUAAGCAUCAGAUGUAGGCAAUCUUUCCUGGAAUCAAAGUAGUCCAGCUAGUUGGGGCCCCGCUUAUGGCGGUAUAAAAUUUAAUUUAAUAUUAUACUUUGUGCUUCAUUUUUACUGUGGGCUGCUGAAAAUAAAUACCAAGAAGACACUGACAAAGACACGCGCACAACUUUAUAUGUUUGCAGUGGGAUUAUGUGGGGAAUAGUAGGGGUUUAUUUUCUUUAUAUCUUGUGCAUGUGCAAUAGAAUUAGAUUGGCAGUUGCAAUCAUGAAAGCAGGCACGCUUUAUAUUAGAGACGUCUGGUAUGCAAUGCUAGUGCCACCUGUUUUCUUUGUAGUCAUUAUUGCGUUUUAUAUAUGGUGGGUGUUGGCUACGCUUUGGCUUUAUUCAAGUGGGGAUAUCAAGCAGCAUGGUGAUACUGCUUUUGCUGAGGCUGAGUGGAAUAAUGAUACAAGAAAUGCAUUUUAUUUUGAAUUUUUUGGAAUUUUGUGGAUAAAUGCAAUUUUAAUUGCCCUUUGUGAGUUUAUCUUGGCUGCAUCUGUAUGCAUUUGGUACUUUUCUUGUGGGUCAGACCAUGGAGCUCAGCGGCCGAUUUCGAGACCGAUAUGGUGGGCAUUUCGUUACCAUUUAGGGACUUUGGCUUUUGGAUCUUUUAUAUUAGCUGUUAUCUGGGCAAUUAAAUAUAUCUUAAUGUACAUCCAAGCCAGAAUUAAAGCAGUUAAUAGAGAUGGUAAAAGCAAAGCAUUGCUUUUACUUCUAAGAUGCCUAACUUGCUAUGUCGUAUGCUUUGAAAGAUUCGUUAAAUUCCUCAACAAAAAUGCUUUUAUUCAAUGUGCCUUAAAUUCUACUUCAUUUUGCACAGCAGCCCGUGAUGCAUUUUUCUUAAUCCUCAGGAACGGUUUCAGGUUUUUGGCCCUUGGAUCAAUUGGACACGUUUUUCAGUUUUUAGGAAAAUGGAUGAUAGCAAUUAUUGCGACUUUCGCUGGAUAUAUGAUUAUUACCCAUGCCUCUAGAUGGUCAGACAAGCUGCAUUCCCCUAUUUUCCCGACAAUUGUGUUUUUAUUGAUUGCUUAUAUUAUAGCGUCACUUUUCAUGGGAAUUUAUUCGAUGGCAUGUGACGCUAUUUUGCAUUGUUUUCUUGCUGAUGAAGAAUUGUGCAAAAAUAAAGAUCGACCGCCACAGCAUGCUCCAGAGAUGCUCAAAGAUUUUCUUGAUAAGGAGAGGAAGAAGGAAAGCAAGCAGAAAUGUUGCUGCUGUUGCUAA